GGUUUUUUUUCAGCAGCCCUAUCUGUAGCUAUCUUGUUAUUGUGCUUAAAGGAUGGAGCAUGUGGUUAUCCCUAGCUUUGUCAUGUGAUGAGAAAAAGCAGAUGUGAUCGUAGGUCAAGGCUCAGAAAAGGAGAAGCGCUCUUGGUAUUGUGUGCAUCAGUGGCGUCACUUCAUCUGAUGGGUCAAAUUCCACACAGAUGCGUGCAGGAAAGGUUUGGGUGAGGAUUGUCAGGCGUAUAUUGAUCAUCAUGGCAAGGCGCAAUCUGUAAAAUCCUGUCCCUACUACUGCUGUGGAAAUUGCGUGAUUCGUUACUGUUGCUCUAACGCGUUCUUAAAAUUUGAUGAAGAACAACAAUUUCCAUGUAAUCUGCUUGAUGGAAGGACCUCUGACUCAAGCAACAUGAAUUCCAUGCAGUUUUUUUCAGACCCUGAUAAUUACAGGACCUCUGUCUCAAGUAACGUUAAUGACAUGCAGUUUUUUUCAGACGCUGAUGAUUACAUUUCUGGCCCCAGUUUUGGAACCCUUGUUGCGAUUGGAGUUACUGUUUGUGCGGUGAUUGUAAUUACUAUUAUUCUAUGCCUCACCUGUUCAUGUUGCUGUUUGUAUAAAGCAUGUCGAAGACCACGCCCUGUUGUGACCACCACUACUUCCACUACAGUGGUUCACUCUCCCUAUCCCCAACAACAAGGAGUGCCACCCAGCUACCCAGUAGCCCCAUAUCAAGGAUAUCAGCCUGUGGCUAUCCAGCCACAACCGGGAAUGCCAGUAGCACCAUACCCUGUACAGUAUCCUCCACCUUAUCCCAUGCAGCCAUCAGGACCCCCAGCUUAUCAUGAAACAGUGGCAGCUGGUGCUGGAGCACCUUACCCAGUCAGCCAGCCACCUUACAACCCUGCUUAUGUGGAUCCUCAGAAACCCACCUAUUGAAAAGAUCUUCUGCUGUCCUUCUGCAUACAAAACUUUUUAAAGUAUAAUUUGUGCUGUUUACACUGUGCAAGUAUAGUAUAUUUUUCUGGAAGACAGCAAUCUUUUGUCCAAGUAAAAUGAAAGUUAGUUCAUUAUAUUCUUUUUAAAUGCUUUGAGUAUGAGGAAGGAGUAUUUUUCUUGCAGAAGUUGUUACUGUAUACCUCAAGCAAAUCCAAAAAGAGAUAUUUUUUUUUCUAUAUACAAUGAGAAAAGCAUGAAGAAGGAAUACUUCAGAAAUAAGAACCACAAUAACAUUUGCUGUGCAAUAAUUUUGAAAGGAAUGGUCUAAUAUGAGCAUUAUCAAACACCCAAAGCUGUAGCAAUCUUUUGCACAGUAUUAAAACAUAAAAACUUAAUCUCCAAGAAACUACCUGAUACAUGUUAUGUAUGUUCUGCGUGUUUUAAUGCUACUAUUAUUACUGUAGGUAAGCUACAAUGUAAUACAUUUCAUUUACCAUUCAAAAGGGAAUUUUCCUUUUUUGAAGCACAUUUGCCUUCAGUAGAGGAUAGCAAACUACUUUUAAUUGUGUUUGGACAGGUUGCAUUUUUCAGUGCUAAAUAGUAUGAGUUGAUAAUUUCCUAUUUUCUUCCCCAGUUUUAAGGCUUAAGAGCUGUGCCUUCAUUGGGUGUUUCCUCAGGCCAUCUUCAUUUAUAGCUGGAAACUAACAACAAAACCGAACUGUCUGCCACUUAAUAGAACAAAUAGAUCAAAAGCUGAAAGCCUGAGAAUUCUUCAUAAAAAUUAUUGGACAAAUAUUUGUUGUCCAGGUAUUAUUGGACAAGCUUACUUAAGUCAUGUCUUGUUUAUAUGUUUGGAAGGAAAAAUAGCACCUUAAUCAUGUGUUACACAGAAGUACCUGCCAGUGUUCAGCCCUGUCUCAUCAUAAGGGAAGGAAUUUAUUUUACAACAGAGAUGGGGUGUCAAAUAGAUCAGGGGUUUAAAAUGCUUAAGAGUUUGUCACUGUCUAUCUGUAGUGGGAACUGUAGACGGCAGGAACCAAGGAUGACAGAUCUUUAUAAACUCAGUCUGCAUUUGAAAAGUACUAUACAGGGGUGGGGAUAAGAAAUCCCAGCCCAACACAGUAGAGAUUAAACCUGCCUUCUGUCUUCAACAUUCCCAUAAAGCUGAGCAGAAAAUGAGAAGUCAGGGAAAGGAGUGGUAGGAUUUGUUCACACAAGGUAAUGUAUAUUCAAGAAGGCAGUGCUUGCAGUCAUGAAGCCUCUUGAGACAUCCUCAUGACUGUUACUGGUGUUUGCAAGGUUUUUGGCUCUAUACACCUUCUAUUGAUAAGUGAACCACAAUUAUAUUUUUUUUCUUAGUAUCCUCUACAAUUUUAUCUUUUCUAACAUCGAAAUACAAUUUGUUAUUCCUCAGUAGAGCUAUCUAGUCUGUGGUAUGUAUCUCUGUGACAUAAUUAGCGAAAUAAUUUUGACAUAUCUCAUACACUGAUUUACUUUUCUAGAGAGGCCAUUAAGCCGUUUUUCACGUGAUUCUAUUUAGGGUAUAUUACUGUUUGAAAAACAUUGAUGGUGGCAUUGUUUUACCUCAUAUGAUUGAUGGAAACUGCUGCUGUCAAAGGCAGUCUUAUUUCUCUUCCUGAUUUUUUUUAAUCUAUUUCUGGGUUGUUCCAAUUUAUUUUUUUUUUUUUUUCAAGAAAGUCUUCAGGGCAUUUCAGAAGAAACCUGUAUAAAGUUUUUAGCAUUGGGAUUCAUGACAACCCAUGCCCUUCUGUUACACCUCUCCAAGACUGUUGAAGUUAAUAGCAUGAAAUGGUGCCAAGAGGCACUCACAGAGCACGUACACCCUGUAUCUGUGUGUUCCUCCUCUUUCCUGCCUUAUAAGCCCAGAAAUCGGACAAUGCUUUGUUACGCUGUCAGGAGUUAUUUGAGAACAACCGAAAAUGGACAGUGUCUCCUGUAUUGACACUGAAGUGUUUUCCUAGAAAUCUGAAAUUUUUAUGUGCGGGAGGGCACUGAAUAACUGCAGAAAUAAUUCUCUCGCUAUAGAUCCUACCCCUCUGUGUUUAUUCAUAUAGAAGGAGGGCAGAGACUAUUCCAGCACCUUUCUUAGCCAUCUGCCGGGAUGGAGUCUGGCCAGUGAGAUGCAGCUGGUGAGUACCGCUGCCGUGCAGCUCUCAGAGCACAGGUGUCCUAGUGCUAGGCUUCAUGAGGGUGUUCCUCUGCCCCGCUCUUUCUUUCCUCCAUCUGGUGAUACAAAGUGUAUGGCUCCUGGCAGUGUCAGUAGGGUUAUGUUUUGGUUAUGAAAGAAAAAUCUGCAAUUUCAUGAGAAGUUGGCUCAGUCAUCUGCCAUCAGCCCUAAGGAAAAGAUAGUAGAAAGGUAAAGGUGGCAGCAAUAACAGAGGUCCCCAAAUCUGAAGUUUUGGUGUAGAUGUGCAGACCAAAUAAAUUGCCCUGAACAUCAGUGUAUGGUGGGAGGAGAUGAGGGAUAGGGUUAAGGAGCCUGAAAAUGUACACCUUUCGUUCAGUGAACAUAUGCUAAUAACUAUAUACAAGUGAAGAGAUGAAUCAUUAAUAUACAAGGAACUACUUUAGCAGGAUUACUACUUCAGUUACAAAACUUGUUGAAAGAAGAGAAAAGGGUCCACUUACCUCACUUCAUAAUUGGAGCGCUUACUCAGAUCUUUUCUUAUUUUUAGUAUAUUAAUCAUCAUUAACAAUAAGGGGUAGGACCAAAUUUUAUUCAGUUGUCGCCGUGCACCCGUUGAAACUUGUUUUUUGUGUAGUUAAGAGAAUGGGAUGAUUACAGAAAAGAUGGAGAAGUUGAUCCAUAAACUUUUAGUUUAAGCACUGCUGAUGUGUCAGUCCGAGUUGCUGUUGCCUUCACAUCAAACUAGUUACCCACAGUGCUGCAGGGGAGGCAGAAUGGAAUAUAAAAUAUAAAGUGUUGAAAGAGUAUAUGUUCAUUUUUGUAAUUCUGUAAGUGCCUUUGUUUCAGAAAUGUUUUGUGGAAUUAAACACCGUAGACUAUUAUGUUGUACUGAAAUUACUAGAUAAUUAUUGUUGAUUUUAUUACAUACUGUAACCUAGCUUUGUAUGUUGUUGGUAGUUUACAUGUAAGUAUUCAAAAGAAAUGGCAUAAACUCUAUGCACCUUUGUAAUAAAUGCAGUGUUUGAAGUAUAUUCUAUCAAUUUUGUUUUCUUAGCCUCAAUUUAAGUAUUAUGUAAGAGUGCAUUUGCAAAUCUACUUAUGACUUCAUUGUGUUUGACAGCUAGUGUUACCAAGUGUACUUUAAUUCACCUUGUAUCACGAACAGCACUUUUGGUAGUGGAGACUGAAGCCUAAUCAAAAUUACAGGUCACAACAUAAAGCGAGGACAAUAUAAGCAUACCCUGGCAGUAUGCGUCAGAGCUAACCCAAAAGGAUCGCUUCUAAGGCCUCGUCUAGCCUAAGGAGUCAAUUAAAUGCAUGAAGUUUGAAUGCAUUAGGUAACAAAUCCCAAGAAAUUGGAACAAAUCUAGUGUAGACAAGAUGGUAGACUUCAAAGAGGUCUGUAAUUUGAUUAAAGUUUAAUAUCUUCUCAACAUGUA